AUGGGCUGUGGAGGCGACCGAGAGAAAGGUCCCCCAGAAGAGGCGGCCAAAUGGGACUACCUGACACUGGGCGAUUUCCGCUGCACUUCUGGCUGGACAUACCCUGCCUACGUAUGGCUGUGGUUUAUGGCGAUCGUGGCAGUGGCUGUCUACGUCGUCGACACAUACACUGCUGUCAAUUUGCUGGCAUUCGACAACUGGAGCUCGCAAGUCAAGCCUGCGGUCCCCAUCAAAUACUCCAAAUGGAUCUUUGCAGUCUGUAUCCUGCUCUCCUGGGUGCUCUGCGUCUAUGAGUGGAUCAGAGCGAUUCGUGUCAUCAGACGCGGCGGCGUUGCUGAGAGCUUCCUGGACCCAUUGGCCGUCACUCUGCAAAGCAUUCGACCACAAGGAUUCAAGCGCUUCCUGGUCUUUACCGAGUUGACCAAGAGUCGCAAAGGAACCGACUACGUCGCUCUUUUCGUCUACUUCGCUUUCAAAGGCGCCAUUCGCGUCAUCAUUGCCGAAGGUCCACGUCAAGUCGUAAACGCCUUGACCCUCAAGGGCCUUCUCACUGACGAUCUACUCAACACUCAAAGCAGCGAGCGAAACUCAUUCGACCAAUUCUGGUACAAUGUCGAGCAAGUUGCGGAUCGAAACCCCAUGGAGGCUGCCAUCUACUGCUCUAUGCUGUUCACUCUUGUCAUUUGGGUGUUCAGUGCACUGAGUCUAAUCAUCUCGGCGAUCCUCUACCUGCUUUUCCUCUGGCACUACAUCCCGAAAAGCGAUGGAAGGCUUAGUGUCUACUGCAAGAGGAAGGUCGAUCGAAGGCUGGCGAAAAUCGUUGAGCACAAGGUUCAAGCCGCCAUCGAGAAAGAACAAAAGAAGGCAGCCAAAGUGGAACGGCGAGAAGAGCUCAAACGGCAGAAGACGGGCGAGCUGCCUCCACCACGAGCACCUACCUUCAAAGCUCAGCCGACGCUGCCAACGCUGGAAGACUCUCCCGACUUGAAAAAGGAAGACAAGCUGCCAGAUUUCGCACUUGUGAGGCAGGACACCUCUAACUCUGUCUCAACUCUGCCUGCAUACUCCAGCAGGCCACCCACACGCAAUGGCAACCCAAUGCAGCGACAACCAACUUUGCCAGCUUUGGACACCAAUGUUCACCCUGGCAUGGGUCCACGAUCAGGCACGCAAACAUCACAGUGGUCGGCAGCACCAAGCUACUCGACCGAUGCGCCCCUGUUGGCGAAUGCUGGAUACGCUGGAGAAGCUGAUGUGUCGGCCAUGCCUCCGUCAGUGAUCAGUCGUCAAACCUCGUAUUCGUCCUUCAAUGCGCCGUUUCAUGAUCGCAAUGGCUCACAGGGCUCAAUGGGAUCUGUGAGAGCCGGCUCAGUCAGGACUUUCACCCCUGGCCCAGGUCCACGAGUUCAGACGCCCAUGUCCGCGAGAUCAUACACGCCUGUCCCGCAUAACGGCCAAGGCAACUAUCCUCGUGCGCCUCCGGCACCUCGGAUACCUCUGCCAGUGCGAUCAAACACCGCACAUGGCUAUGAGCAGAACCCACAAGCUAUGAACAUGCCGGGUCCAGACAAUUUCGCCAGACCACCGCCGCGAGCAGGAACUGCUGAUGGAUUCCGCCCCCUGCCACACGACAACAGCGAAUCUUCGUUCAGCAGCUUGCACAGCCAGCAGUCCUUCAGCCGGCCUAUGCCAGGCCGCAAGCCAUCUAACCCGAGCUUUCGCGCAUACACGCCGGCACCAGUUCCUGAGGAUCGGGCAACCUCACCACAAAACAGCUACGAGAUGAAGGCGUCGCCAGUCCACAGUCAGCCACAGAAUACUGGCUAUACAGCCUUCAACCCUUCCAUGCACAGCGCUACACCGGCCCCUCAGGAACCACGCCGGAACGUAACGGUGUCCGGUGCUCCAGGGGGCGCUGACUACUUUGGCCAAAUCCAUCACGGUGUGCCACAGCGAAGCGCUACGGCUCCAAUUGAGCCCCAGCGUGCCAGCGUGGCGUAUGCUGGAGACAUUCUGGACGAGUACGGUCCGUCUGACGACGAGGGGGCCCAACGCCAUUCAAACCCAGCCAGCGGCCCGCCAAGAGCUGCUACUACUGGUCCAGGACCACAUGGAGGUCAGGGACAAUGGCGAGCCUACUGA